CAAGCCCAGUACCCAAAGGCUUAGAGACUUCAAAUAAAACAAAACAAAAAUGGAGAACAACAACCACCAGCAGCCACCCCAAGAUAACGAGCAGCUAAAGAAUUUCUGGUCAAAGGAGAUGGAAGGUGACUUGGAUUUCAAGAAUCACAAGUUUCCCAUAACUCGAAUCAGAGGGAUUAUGAAGUUUGAUCCUGAUGUGAAUAUGAUCGCUGCUGAGGCUCCAAUCCUCUUUUCGAAAGCCUGUGAAAUAUUCAUCAUGGAUCUCACGAUGCGUUUGUGGCUCCAUGCUCAGGAGAGAAAACGACUCACGAUACAGAGAUUUGACAUCGCUGCCGCAGUGGCUCGAACCGUCAUCUUUGAUUUCUUGCUUGAUGAGGUCACUGAGGACGGGGGAGAGUCCGUUGCUGCCGCUGCUGAUCCUGUGGCCAUGCCACAUCUUGGCGAUGGAGAACUACCCCAGGGAAUUGUGAUAGGAACUCCGGUUUGUUGCGGUCUCCGAGCUCGAACCGCGGCGCCUGGUGAGGAGGAGGAUGCAGAUGGGGAAAAUGGAAGAGACGGCGGAAAUUAAUAUGUGGAUUGUUGUGAGAAUCUGAGUUAUGUUUUUUUUAAUGUUGUUUUUGUUGUUGUUAAUGUUAUGUAUUUUGUUGUUGUUAAUGUUACUAGAAAUAAAAUCCGCGCUACGUU